AUGAACGGCGCCGGCGCGGGGGCGGGCUCCACCGCCUCCGACUCGCAGUCCCCGGCGGCGGCCGUCAAGACGGAGCGCCUCAGCCCGCCGGGGCCCUCCACGCCGGGAGGCGGGGGUGUGGGCGGGGGCGGGCCACAGGGCGCCGCCUCCAGCAACAGCAGUACCGCCAGCUCCAACAGCACCAGCAACCAGCACCACCAGUCGGGCGCGCCGGACAACAACUCUACGUCGUCCCGCAGCGGCACUCCCGGCUCCUCGUACCCGGGCACGCCGCCAGAGCGCGCAGCGUCGCCCCACCCGCUCAAGACGGAGCACCUGGCCAGGAACUACUCCGACUUCAUGCGCUCGCUCGCCGCCAAGUACAACAACGCCAACCCCAACGACUACCUGAGCAGUGCGGCGGCGGCAGCGGCGGCGGCGGCCGCGGCGACGGGCGCGCGCAACGGCUACCUGGACCCGCGCUUCGCGCCCUUCAAGUCGGGCGCCGCCACGCCCUUCGUAGGGCUGAUGGCACCGCUGACGGCGCCCGCCAGCCCGCUGCCCGGCAUCAAGGGCGGCGUCGGGCUCGGCGGCGGGCCCGGCCCCCCGACGCCGGCGCCGACGCCCGCCCCCGCCACGGACCUCCUCGGCAUGUUCCCGCCCAUGAUCGACAUGAGCUCGACCCAGGCGCUGCUCUCCAUGGUGCGCUCCGCCAACGCCUCUCAGCUCGAGAACUACCUUAAGGGCGCGAGCAGCCGCCGGCCAGCAGAGUCCUCUCCGCUGGACCUGAGUCCAGGCGCCGUGGUGCCGCCUCCAGCCAAGAGGCGCGCCUAUCACGCCCCCUCCAGGAGCAUCGGGGAGAGCCUCUUCGCCUCCAAGGACACGCACAGGCUGCGCCGGCUGGGCAGCGUGUCGCCGAAGCCGCGGCCCCCGGCGCCGCCCCCCGCCGCCUCCGCCGCGCCCGCCGCCUCCGCCGCCACGUGCGCCCCCGACGCCGCCGCCACUGCCACCUGGAGCGUCGACGACGUGGCCGCGUUCGUCGGCUCCAUCGACCUGUGCGCCGAAUACGCGCAGAACUUCCGCGACCAGCGCAUCGACGGGUGCGCGCUGCCGCUGCUGACGGAGGAGCACAUGACGGGGGCGCUGGGCAUGCGCCUGGGCCCCGCACUCAAGCUGCGCGCCGCGCUCGCCAGGCGCCUCGGCCAGUGCGCCGCCUGCGCGCAUUGCCUCCACUGCCACGCACCGCAGCCCGCGCUGGCGCAGACGCAGGCGAGCGCGGCCGCCGCCUCCGCCGGCCACUCGCCCGCCUCCAGGCCGGCCAGCACCGGCGUCUAG